AUGAAGAAAUGGGAGCUCUCCAGAAGAAUGACACAUAGGAACUCGUGCCAUUACCUCAUGGAAAGAAGACAGUGGGAUGCAGCUAGAUUGGUGGCGAAGGGGUACACACAAAGAUAUGGGAUAGACUACCAAGAGACCUUUGCCCUAGUAGCCAAGAUUAAAACUAUCGGAGUCUUUCUGUCUCUAUCAGCAAAUCUCGAUUGGCCAUUACAUCAGUUUGAUGUAAAAAAUGCAUUCUUACAUGGAGACUUGGAAGAAGAAGUAUAUAUGGACUUACCACCAAGAUGUAACUUAGCUCGUGACAAGGAAAGUCAACGUGAUGGAAGAAGACUUACUGCAUUGAUUGUUUAUGUGGAUGACAUAGUCGUAACUGGAAACGACACAGGAGAGCAACUGAAACUGCAGAAGUAUUUGUCUCAGGAAUUUGAGAUGAAGGAUUUAGGUGAUCUGAAGUACAUUCUAGGAAUGGAUGUAGCCAGGUCCACAACUGGUAUAUUUCUGUCUCAAAGGAAGUAUGUAUUAGAUCUGCUCACUGAAACAGGAAUGCUUGGAUGCAAACCUGUUGAUACACCCAUCGAGAUAAAUCACAAGUUAUGUGAAGGCAUGGAUCAAGAACCAACCAAUAAGGAACAGUACCAACGCCUUGUUGGAAGGUUGAUAUAUUUAGCCAACACAAGACCAAAUAUUGCAUAUGUUGUGAGUGUGGUUAGUCAGUUUAUGCAUUCACCCAGUGUGUCCCAUCGGAUCUUAAGAUACUUAAAGUCAGCACCUGGGAAAGGAUUAAUGUUCUCAAAAAAUAGAGAUCUCGAAGUUGUUGGAUAUACAAAUGCUGAUUGGGCUAGCUCCAUUACUAAUAGACGCUCUACUUCAUGUUACUUUACCUUUGUAAGAGGUAAUCUAGUCACUUGGCGGAGUAAAAAAGAAAAUGUAGUUUCUCGGUCUAGUGCAGAAGCAGAGUAUCAAGGAAUGGCUCACGGAGUUUGUGAACUACUGUGGAUCAAAAGACUAUUGACAGAAUUGAGUUUCAAGCCAUGA